CAUUCGAACGGAGAGUUGAGUUUUCGGCGGACGCAUUCGCGAGCGAGGCUCACGGCAUUCGACAGUUACGACGCGGUCGUUCUGCGCAUAGCGAUAGGCGUGCGCGUUGCAAUAUGCGGAAGUGAGCACAGACAUCGCCCGGAGCUUAUACUAGUGACAAGUGAUUCUCAGUGUACGAACUCUCAGUGAAACGAACUAUGCCAUUUGUGCACGGCUCGGCAGAGUAUUGAUGAUUUGAAUUCAAUUUGGGACUGCAAAUUUGGACUUUCAUGGUUUCGAGGGCAGAUAUUCGAGGAGGCCCGGGCAUGGACGCUCAGCAGCAAUACUGCUUGAAAUGGAACAGCUUCGGUUCGAACUUGGCCACCUCGUUCGCGAACCUAUGGAACUCCGAGAGCUUAGCAGACGUCACACUUUACUGCGAAGGUCGGCAGUUCAAAGCACACAAAGUGAUUCUGGCGGCUUGUAGUAAACACUUUCAAGAGCUCUUCGAUUCCGCCCCUCCCAGCCAUGCAGGCGCCUGUUACGUCAUACUCGAAGCCACUUCGGCAGAUAACAUGCAGGCCCUUCUGGAGUUUAUGUACAAGGGCGAAGUGCAUGUCAGCCAAAAUGCUCUCUCCAGUUUCCUCAAAAGCGGGGCUAAUUUACAGGUUAAAGGCUUGUCAAUGGAAAUGUCCCAAGACGCAUGGAUGAAGCAUCAGACCCAGCAGGUGUCUAGCGAUCGUGUCGAAACCCGUGUCAAGACCAGCCCAGUUUCCGGAUCCGGCAAUUGUGAGGUUCAGGAGUCGCCAUCAUCCCACUCUACUACAUUUGCCCCAAUAAUACCACCAUACGGCAUACCCAUACAUGGAAGUGGUGGUGGGAUGGGACGGUAUGCGCCCCAAGCUCACUUGCAUUCUUCGUCGCAUAGACGGCCUGCACCACCUAAGCAAUCGCCUUCGCAGAGCCCACUGACUAGGAAUUACAGACAAACCUCAUCAUCAUCACAUUGCGGCAGCGUAGCUGAUGAACCAGAUACGCGAUCAUCACCAGGGGCGAGCGUGAAGUAUGAAGAGAAUCCAGAUUGCACGUCCAGCGUCGCUAACCCUAUAAAGAACAAUGGCUACGAACGGUUUUCAUCAGUUAAAGAAGAGAUAAUGGAGCGCUUACCAACGGAUCAGGGUGCCGAAGAUUUACGGAUAAAGAACGAGAACGAAUAUCACGGCGGUGGGUAUAACAACUCAUCUCCCCCGGCGCCAAUCCCUACCACUAACUACCACGACCCGCAGACUUCGCCACCCAAACCCAGCCCUGACCUCUGGCCGCCCAAGAUCAUCACCAGCAAGUCUGGUGGGAUCGCUACAGCUGACGGAAAGAAACUGAAAUGUCCAUACUGCGAACGGCUAUACGGCUACGAGACGAAUCUGCGCGCUCACAUCCGGCAGCGGCAUCAGGGCAUCCGGGUGCCAUGUCCGCACUGCUCGCGAACAUUCACGCGUAACAACACAGUGCGGCGACACAUUGCCCGCGAGCAUCGUCAUCAAGUCACGCCGCACCAAGGACCUUUACCCAACCAUACCCAGUAAAUCAAACAAACUACCUCUUCUCUUCUUGGUGAUCCUGGUAUGACAGUGAAUUAAACUGACCCUUUUGAGAUUUUUUUCUAUAUAAGGCAUAUUUUAUACGCCAUUUAACACGGAGAAUAUUUUUUUUACAAAAUGUGGGUACCUUUUUUUACUUAUUCUAUUAUUGUAAUUGUUAAUUCUAGAAAUGUUAUUCAAAGUUUAGAUUGACGCAAUAGUUUAUUAAAUGUAUUUAAAAAAAAAACUUUUUACAAAAUGUGGGUACUUUUUAAAACAAUAUUAAAACUCAAAAAAAUGCAAUAUUUUCAAAAGAUUCAAUAGGGUUUCAUUCACUGUCGACAGGUUCACGGAAUCAGGCCGGCUCGGAUUCCAAGCGAUUCCGAGCCGCGCCAGUACAAUAUACCUCGUUUAUGCAUAUUUAUGUAACAGUCUACCUCAAAAUUUGAUCUUAGAUUUUUAAGAUUCGGAAUCGUUCUAAUUGUUACUUAAUUCAUGUCGCUGUAUCCUUCAGAGUUACCUUUAUUUUUACCUCAGUCGAGACGGUCAAAGGCUUAGUGUGUAAAUAUUAGGAGAAAGUAUAUCGCCUGAACCUUCGAGACAUUACAAUAGACUGCAAAACCGGGUUAAGUUUUUAACGCAUCUGUGAUACAAUAGAACAGGCUUUUUAUAUAGUUUCACGUGGUUUUGAGUUAUUGUACAUUUUGACAUUGCCCUGUAGUUAGGUGAAUGCUCACCGUUAAUUCCCCGCGCGCACGGUUGUUACUAUUGAGACCAAAUAUUAUAUGUUUUGUCGCGAUGGUGUCGAUUUUAACAUUCCGUUCUUUAGCAUUUAGAGACCACUUAAUAUAGCUAGUCAUUUCGAGUGCAACCGGUUGAGAUUUAAUUAUUUUUUUUUAUGAGACAUUGGUCUAUCCGCAUUUGAAGCAAUCUAUGGGACAGUGCCAAAUAUCCUCAUCACAUUUAUUUAUUUUUUAUAUUUAUUUUUUAAGUGUGAAUGUGGCGACUGUGUGCUAUUCCUGAUAUUUAGGAAUGAGUUGCAUUCAUAUUUAUUCUAUUUAUUUAGGUUACAAUAGAUUUUUUAACGCUCACAAGGCUCAGUGAUUUUAUUAUAAUUUCCGUUUAACGUAGAUUAUAUCAGAACGUUUACCUCGAUUUCCUUGAAAUUAGCGUCUAUUUACACGGCCGGUAUGUUUCGACCGGUUUCUAUAUUGUAUCUGUUACGGGUCGUAGGCGUUUCUAUACACUUCGUGCUUUGAAUUGUCUACGGCUCGUCGCACCUCUGGCGUAUGGGAACCAGGAAUUAUUUAGAAUCGUUUAUAUGAGAAAAAUAUUUUCGAAUAUUCCUGUACAAUGUUUUUAUUGUUUCCUGUACAACUAAAGAAGCUAUUUUACAAAGUCUCUAAAGAUUUUAUACUUCAAUAAUGUUAAUUGAUAUUUUAUAAUCUUUACCAGUAAUUUAUCAUUGUUUCACUGUCAUAUGAUUUAAGAUUUGCGGUCGGGAUUGGGACGAUCGUGAUGAUCGUAUUUCGAUUGGCCUAAACAGUUUGGCCAGAUGAGGCCAUGUCGUAACGGACUUGACUGCCCUGCAGACCUCUCGGGCGUAGACGCGGUAUCGUACACGCGGCAUCACGCAUACGUUACGUACGUACGUACGUCCGACGAACGUCUCGGACGCUCUGUCACGGACAGAUUUCGUGGAUGAGUUGUAAAAUAUGCCAUAACUUAGAACUAGUAUGAAAAAUGUAAAAUUCAUAAGUGUUUCUAGUUGGGGUUGAGUGGGGACGAUUUGACCUUUGUUCAUUAUAUUUUAGUGAAAGUACAUUCUUAAUAUGUUUUGCGUUAAGUAUUGUUAGGUGUCUUUUUAAAAUUUGUUUUUAUUAGGAGUACCGCUGUUUGUUUUUAUGAAUUUAAAAUUCAUGUGAUUUCUUUUGACAUUUAAUGUUUUUUGUGAUAUGUAAAAAGAGUUGCAUUAAUGCACAGUUAUGUUCAACGGCUUGAGUACGUUCGUCAAUUUUCUUCGGUGGUAACUUCGGUGACCGGUAUACUAGUUUGCAUUAAGUUUUCUCAUUGUUAUGUCUAAUGAAUGUGGCAUUUUGUCCACGAUAGAUGUAAUGUUGUAUUUGAUGUGAUAACAUAAAGUCGGUGUAUCCCCCUCCUCGGGCCGAUCUCGUUGCGGGUAAUUCUAGAAAAUUCGGUGAGGUUUUGUUGAAUAUUGAAUAAUUUUGAAGUUUGAGCAAAUACAUCAAUGACGACGAGCCCUAGUUAUCCAAAGAAGUGCAGCGUGGGUGGACGGGCAUUUUAAUAAACUACCUCUUUCUGUGCAAUAGGUGAAUGGCUCAAAGCUGCAUUUAUUUUGCUUAAACUUUCUCUUAAUGGGUUCGCUAAGGAUUAGGUCUAAGUUAACGUUAAGUGUAAAUAUGUCGCGAUGUCUCGUGAUGGUAAAGCCAAAGAUUGUUACGGGUAUGGUGACCCUCUGCCGUCACAUGGGCUGUGCCGUGACGGUGUUACACGUGAACGCUGUGACGGCACAAUUCAGUUUUAGUACAUAAGUUUAUCUACCUCGAGGAUUAAGUAAGUCUUUUGAAUAGAUUUUUAUAUGACGAAAAUUAUAUAGGUUAAGGAAGAAAAAAAAAAAUUAAAAAAGUACAAAUACACUACCUCAGGAUUCACUUGAAGCUUAUCAAAGUAUUAAUGUUUUUUCAUGUGUUAGUUAGGGGACUGACUUGAGACCGGCUUCAGUCUUGAUCGCAUAAUGAAUCUCUGAUUGGUAGUCAGUGCCCUCGACUCGGUGUGUGCUCAAGUUUCACUUAAGCUGAGUUGACGGUCUUGUAAUGUUAAAUGUUAUUUAGGCUAGUUAUUAUAAUCUCAAGUUCUACCUCAUGCGCAUGUAGAGAUCGGCCCCGAGAUCCAUCAUAGUACCUACACUCUAAGGAGUAUAAACCCUAUUUUUUUUUUUUCAUAAUUUUUAUUAAUUUUUUUCCCCAGUUAUUUGUGUUGCAUAGAUGUUACUAUGUUUUAAGGAAAUGAAAAAUAUUGUUUGUUAGGUUUCUGCGAAUUAAAAUUGUAACAAAAUUUAUUUUAUUUUUUGUUUAUUUUUAUUUUCCUUACAAGUUUUCACCCGUCCAUGUUUAUAAUUAGGUUGAUAAGGAAUUGACAGUCGGGUACUUUGAUUUCACUAUGUUUACUAGAUCAUAUUUGACGUUAUUUAAGAUUUGGUGUCAAUGUCAUGUUAAGUCAUCUGUCAAGCGUUUCCAUCGUGUGUCAAUAACAUCGAAUUUUUGUGAAAAUUCACCCAAUUCUGUUAUUUACAAAGUUGCGUCAAAUAUCUGAUUUGAAAAUUCGUCAUUGCUGUAUAUAAAACACUUAUAUUUAAUCACUUCGAGUACGAAGUUUUGGUGUUAUUUAUUACAUGUUCUUGGUGUAGUGUAAAAACCUCCACGAAAGGUAAAAAAAAAAAAUAAAAAAAAAAUCGAGCACGGUUAUAAUUCAAGAACUAAAGUACAAAUAAAGUCUUAAAAUUGAUAUCAGUACAAAUUUCGGAUUAAAAUGUUUAUAAUGUUGCAAAAAAUGGAGUAUUCGUAAUUAUUUUCUAGUUACUGAGGUGAGUACAAAUUAAAUGUAUGGCAGCCCGCACUGUUGGUUACGAAUGGUUAAAAUCUAAAUUAUUUAUUCGUAUACGAUAUUCUGUUAUCAAGACAAUACGCUGAUUUCAUUUGGUUCGAUGAGGAGCAAGGGUAUACAAAAGUACUGGCUUAGUGGGUAGUUAAAAGCAAACCAUCGUGGUUGUAAAACUAAGUAAUGUAACAUAAUGCUUGGUAAGGAGUAAUCGGUAUCGUGUGUAAAGAAAAGUGAUUGUCUGUGAUUUUUUCAAGCGACUUUUAUAUGAACCCUUAACCGUAAGAAUAGCACUUACAUGUGAUUAUACAUAGGUAUUUAUUAGUUGGACUUCGUUUUUGUACUAUAUAUAUAGGAUAGGCAGGCGUGUAGCGGGUUGAUGUACAUAAACUUAUACAUAAUGUACAAAUUGGCAUACGGUAUAACCAUGCUUAGUGGGUAUUCGCUUAUCAAUGGGCCACUGAUUUUAAAUAGAUUACGUAGACUUCAUAUUGACAGUGACAGUUAAUAUUUCGAAUAAUCUGACAUUUCAUAGUACUAUUGGUUUUUUUAGAAUCGUAAUAAAGUGGUCCUUCGAGCGAACCCACUGGUUGCGUGUACUUCAAAAUUUGCCAACGAAAUUGAAAUUUCUCGGCUAAUACGAAUUUAUUCCUGUUUGAAGGCACGCGGCUUAGUGAAUUAAUUGAAUGAUGUUAAUUUAAUGUACUAGCGAAUUUUUUAGUGUGGUAACAUUUUGCGAUUAUUUUCGUUAGUUCAAUGUAGUAGGCUAACAUUUGUUUGCUUCCUUAAGGGGCAUGUGUUUUGUUAAAAAAGCAACUUUUUCUUCUAUUAUAUGUGUUGGAAUUAAAAUGUAAAAACGUACUGAGCUUUAUGUUACAGUGGAUAUACGUGUUAAAAAAAUGCGCCUUUACAUAAUUUUAAGCAAUUAAGUGUUAAUACACUUUGCUAUAAAAUUUUUGCAGGCGUCAUGAAUGACUAUGAAAACACGAUUAAAAUAACUCACAGCACGUAUAUCCAGUAUAUUCGGUAUAUAAUGCGUUACGGACGUAAAUACAGGUAUAUUAAUAGUCCAUAAUAUGCACUUAAUGUAAAACAAUGCCGUUAUAAUCCACUACU